GUUGAUAUAAAGGUGUUUGUUGCUGCUCGCAGACCAUCACUUUGCGUUCGUCUUUUGAGCGGACAACACUUGAGAAAAAACAAAUAGUAAUUCGAAUUGUUGGUUUGUUUUUUUUUUCGUUGGUAAAGAAGAUGGGAUACCAGCAAACUGUUCUGUUGAUGCAAGCCAUCGUCGUCUCCACUCUGUUAGCAUCAGCAUUAGCAAUUGCCGGACAGUACGUCCCGAGGUCCUACUACGUGAUCGACAAGUUCGGGCACCAAUCGGAUUUCGUCUACUUGAGGACCAGAAGGGCUUUGGAUUUGCAUCCCUUCGUCAUGAGGAGCAAGCGCGGCGGUGGAUCGUACAGCUCGUCCAGCGCCUCGAGUUCUUCGAGCGCCGGGGCUGGAGCUGGAGAUCCCAUUUACUUCGGAGAUAAUCCACCGAAUCGCGCGUACAGCAACGUCGAAUCGAACGCUUCCGGAAACGGAGGCGGCUAUGCAGGCGGAAGCGUAUCCUUCGCCAGCUCCAGCUCAUCUAGCAGCUCAGGCACCGGAGGAGGAGGCGGCGGCGGCUCUGGAAGACACCCAGGAGGUUCCUAUGGAAACAGCUACAACAAUAACGAUGGACCUCAAUUGUUUUCGCGUUUCGGCGAGGCCGAAGGAACCGGCGUCAAGGUAGGAGCGAGCGCCGCCGGACCGAAAGCAGCCUUCAGCUCCAGCUCCAGUUCCAUCGACAGCGACGGCAAGAUCAAGUAUUCCAUCCAAUCCGGAAAAAUCUGAGAAGGGUUCUGAAUUCGUUUUCCCACUUCUCGACGACCCUAGUUUGUAGCGCGCAAAUAUUAUGUUAUUAUUGUAUCUCCGAUUCUGAAGCAACAAAAAAAAAAGAAGAAAAAUCUUGUAUCGUUUGUGUGGCCUGUGAUCCUUAAAAUUAAAAACUUAACAUAAGAUA